UAACGGACGGCUGAGGCUACGUGAAGAGUGGGGCGGCGUGACUGAGCGAGCCUGUUCCUGCUGUGUCCAAGAGGCAUCGCUGCGGUUGAAACCUUUGCGACCGUGAAGGCGGCGGCCAGGCUAGAGAGGCAGGCUGGGUAGAAGUGAGCGCCUCGAGCGCGCCGGGCCGGGUUGUAGCCUCGGGUGCAGGUACAAUGAAAGCCUUCCAUGCAUUCUGUGUUGUCCUUUUGGUGUUUGGGAGUGUCUCUGAAGCCAAGUUUGAUGAUUUUGAGGAUGAGGAAGACAUAGUAGAGUACGAUGAUAAUGACUUUGCUGAAUUUGAGGAUGUCAUGGAAGACUCUAUUACGGAAUCUCCUCAACGGGUGAUAACCACUGAAGAUGAUGAAGAUGAAACCACUGUGGAGUUGGAAGGUCAGGAUGAAAACCAAGAAGGAGAUUUUGAAGAUGCAGAUGCCCAGGAGGGAGAUACUGAGAGUGAGCCGUAUGAUGAUGAAGAAUUUGAAGGUUAUGAAGACAAACCAGACGCUUCUUCUAGCAAAAAUAAAGACCCAAUAACAAUUGUUGAUGUUCCUGCACACCUCCAGAACAGCUGGGAGAGUUAUUAUCUAGAAAUUUUGAUGGUGACUGGUCUGCUUGCCUAUAUUAUGAACUACAUCAUUGGGAAGAAUAAAAAUAGUCGUCUUGCUCAGGCCUGGUUUAAUACUCAUAGAGAACUUUUAGAGAGCAACUUUACCUUAGUGGGUGAUGAUGGAACUAACAAAGAAGCCACAAGUACAGGAAAGUUGAAUCAGGAGAAUGAGCACAUCUAUAACCUGUGGUGUUCAGGUCGAGUGUGCUGUGAAGGCAUGCUUAUCCAGCUGAGGUUCCUCAAGAGACAAGACUUAUUGAAUGUCCUGGCUCGGAUGAUGAGGCCAGUGAGUGAUCAAGUGCAAAUAAAAGUAACCAUGAAUGAUGAAGACAUGGAUACCUAUGUGUUUGCUGUUGGCACACGGAAAGCUUUGGUGCGACUGCAGAAAGAGAUGCAGGAUCUGAGUGAGUUUUGUAGUGAUAAACCUAAGUCUGGAGCAAAGUAUGGACUGCCAGACUCUUUGGCCAUCCUGUCAGAGAUGGGAGAAGUCACAGAUGGAAUGAUGGAUACAAAGAUGGUUCACUUUCUUACACAUUAUGCUGACAAGAUUGAAUCUGUUCAUUUUUCAGACCAGUUCUCUGGUCCAAAAAUUAUGCAAGAGGAAGGUCAGCCUUUAAAGCUACCUGACACUAAAAGGACACUAUUGUUUACAUUUAAUGUGCCUGGCUCAGGUAACACUUACCCAAAGGAUAUGGAGGCUUUGCUACCCCUGAUGAACAUGGUGAUUUAUUCUAUUGAUAAAGCCAAAAAGUUCCGACUCAACAGAGAAGGCAAACAAAAAGCAGAUAAGAACCGUGCACGAGUAGAAGAAAAUUUCUUGAAACUGACACAUGUGCAGAGACAGGAAGCUGCACAGUCUCGGCGUGAGGAGAAGAAAAGAGCAGAGAAGGAGCGAAUCAUGAAUGAGGAAGAUCCGGAGAAACAGCGCAGGCUGGAGGAAGCUGCUUUGAGGCGUGAGCAAAAGAAGUUGGAGAAGAAGCAAAUGAAAAUGAAACAAAUCAAAGUGAAAGCCAUGUAAAAAUCAUCCCAGAGAUCUGAGUCUAAUGCCACCUAUAAGCUCUGAGUUCACAGCAAACAAAAAAAAUAUGAGUCCAUUUCUCAUCUUAAAGUUCACACACUCUUGGUGACUAAGAAUCCUUAUUUUAUCAUCUAUUCUACUCUUGGUUUGGAGUUCUACAGAGGUUGUAGAUACAUUGAAAGGGCUCUGUUUGAGUAAUUUUCUUCCAACUAAUCAAAUUAUUUUAAUUAUUUUAUAAAAAAUAAAAUAUAAAAUAUGUGUAGUUUUAAAAUAUUUUUUAAAUUAUAACAUUAAUCAUCAGUGCUUUUAGUACUCUGAUGUUUGAAGAACUAUCAUGUAAUUUUUAGGUAGAUAAUUAGGUUGUUGCUUUUUUGUUUAAACCAGGCAGUUGAAAUAGCUAUGGAGGCUGACUCUAAACCAAGAUUCCACAAUUAACUAUUGAAACUGCACAAUAAACAUUGCUUGGUGUUUUCUUCUGUGUCUACAUUAAACUUGUGAAAAAGUAAUAUUUAGAACGCUAUGUGGAAUUUCAGGAACUCAAAGCAAUGCAGUAUAUGUUUUGUAGGUGGGAAGUGCUGAUGACAGUAUUAUAGGAAAUCUGUGGGUGUUAGGAUGCUAAUGUGUACAUGGAAGAUUGUAGGGAUAGGUAGUUGAGCACAGUUUUCUCCUGAUACUAUGAGCUGAUAAUGUGAACGCUGAAUUUAAAAUUGCUGUAUGUUUAUUUUUCUUGAGUAACAAAUGCAUGAAAAUUAACUGCUUCACCUAGAUCAGAUCAGCAUCAGAUCAUUGGUCUCUGUGAGGUCACAGAUGUUUUCUUUUUCGUUGCUGCCACAUAUUGGAUGUUCACAGAGAAGCUCUAUCCUCUGUGUAAUGACUGUGUACCUUUACUUCUUCCUCUGCUUUUAUCUCUUCCACAGUUGAGGUUGGGUAUAUUCUUUCAAAGAAAUCGCCAUGGAUAUGCAUAAAUAUGCUUUAAAAAAUGAGCUUUCCUAAACUAUUGAGAGUUCUUUCUGCCUCUUGAAGAAGAAACUCUUGGGGGAGAGGCCCAUAUAUCUGCACAAGUACUUAGCUUGUUCAGAGCUCUGCAUUUUAUAAAUGCUUCCUACUAAGAAAGCAUUUUUUUAAGUCACUUGUACCAGGUAAUUUUUGCUGGGGAUGUGAAAGGGUUGGAGUUUUUUUUUUUGGUGGGAGUGGGUGGUUUUGUUUUUGGUUUGUUUUUUUGUUUUUUUGAUGCUUUAUGUGCAGGUCUGUUUUGAGGCAAUAAUAAUGAGUUGCUGUGAACACAGCAUGUGCUGCCAUCUUUGUAACUACAUGGGAACUUUUCACAUGGGUUUUCUCUAGAUUAAUACAGAAACAUCUAAACUGAGAGAUGCAGAUAGAAUAUUUUUUAACAGUUCACAAAUUUAAAUUAUUAAAGUGACAGAAGUCACACAUAUUACUUUAAUGCUAUAUAAUUCUAGAAUUAGCCUUGUAUUCAAACUUUUAAAGUACAUUUCAGAAAUCAAAGUUGAUAUAUAUAGCUAUCUUUGAGUAAUAUAAGGUUUCUUACAGUCCCACACAUUUGGACCAUAGCAGCUAAUUUUGUAAUUUAAACAUUCAUAUGAAUUAACUAUGAACAUAUAUUAAACUGAUUGACAAAAUCUCA